ACAAGUGAUAAUGAAAGGGUGCAAAAAUGAAAUGACCGCUCUCGUGGCAUAUACAAAUAAAGACAAAAACACUGCACCAAAAAAACUUGAAAACUACUCUGAACAUGACAAACAGAAUGAAUAUACGGACAGGACAAGUGAACCGACAACAGAAGAUGAUUUCUUAAGCGUAACUACAUCUGAAAACAUUCUGGAUUUGAUAGCAACGAGAGGAUUCUGGAACACAAUGCUGUCCCUCUUCUACAGCUACGGACAGGGAUACCAAGAGUUAAACGGGGACUCUGAGGACAUGGAAGACAAAAAUAGCGAUCCUGGCAAAGAUAUCGUUGUGCGACAGGGUGAGACAAAACUUAACAAACUAGAAGAAGACGAAGAAAAAGUGUACCCAAAGAAACUAGGAGACUCAGAACACUCCAUCAACGGAGAAGUGGAAAAUGGAAGUAAUUUACACAACAUCACCUUUGAGGAUCUUUUGCAGCUAGUUGGGACGAGAGGUCGCUGGAACGUACUUCUUUUCGUCCUCUGUGCUUACGCUAGCUUUGUUUCUCCGAUGCAAACACUGUCGUACCAAUUCCUCGGCGCCACUCCUGAUUACUGGUGUCGCGUUGACUCGCUGCUGGACGCCGGCUGGACACAAGAGCAGAUUUUGAGCUUCGCCAUUCCUAUCAAGGAAGAGGGCAAGCAUGAAUCAUGCCUGAUGUAUGACCACAAUUACACCCAUGCGGUGGCAUUGGGCUACGAACAAGCCAUCGGUACCCUGCACAACACCUCUGAUAUCAUUCCUUGCUACGCCAGGGAUUUUAAUCGUUCGCAACACCAAUCCACUAUGACAACCGAGUGGGACUUGGUGUGUGAAAGGAGAGUCUUGUACUCCACCACGCAGGCCGCGGCCCAGAUAGGCAAGUUUGUUGGCGCCUUUCUUCUCGGCUACUUGAUGGACUUAUACGGACGGAGGAAAAUAGUGUUGUGGUGUUCGUUGCUGUCCUUUCUGUCGGCAUUCGGGUCCGCUCUGUCUCCCGUUGUGGAGGUGUACAUUCUCCUAAAGAUAGUCAUCAUGGCCGUCAUGGCCGGCAUCUACCUGGGGUGCAUCACUCUCCUGAUGGAGACAUCUGGACGCCGUGAGAGAACGAGAACUUCCGCCUUGUUCGUUAUCCCGUGGGCCCUGGGCUACAUGCUCUUGCCGGGCAUUGCUUAUCUAGUGCGGCCUUGGAAGUGGUUGCAAGUCGCCGUCUCCCUCCCGACCUUACUUCUAGUACUCUACUACUGGUUUUUACCAGAAUCACCUCGCUGGCUGAUCCUUCAGGGAAGACAUCACGAAGCACUCGAAGUCCUCACGUCGGCUGCAAAAAUAAACAAAAAGACGUUACCAUCAGACGAGAAGCUGCUGGCCGCCAUGGAGCAGCUGCAGAAAAAAGCAUCAGCUGAGAAAGAGACCAUUCUGUCGGAUGUAAAGAGCAACACAAAGCGCAUCCCCUGGGAUUCAGUGCGUCGCGUGUUAGAUGUGGUGAAAGAAUACCUGGCUGUGAUGACGGUGAGGGAGCUUCGGGGACGAGCUCUCAUUGUCUUCUACUGCUGGUUUGCCUCUGCGUUGGUCUACUAUGGAAUUUCCCUCAACGCCACCAACAUAAGCGCGGACCCUUACCUCUACAUAUUCCUGGGAGGUCUUCUAGAACUGCCCUCUUACCUCCUGCUGUGGCCUCUCAUGGUUUGCCUGGGACGUGUCAAGUCCCUAGCGCUUCUGUAUCUGGUGUGUGCCAUCACCAUCCUCAUACUGUCAACUUUAAUUUACCUCUACCCCGCCGCCCCUAUCGGUCUGCUCAUGUUCCUGUCAUUGAGCGGAAAGGUAGCGAUCACUAUGGGUUUCCACUUGAUCUGGCUGUUCACCCUGGAGCUGUUCCCUACCAAAUACCGCUCCCUUGCCACCUCACAGGCCAGCGUGUGUGCCAGGGUGGGCAGUGUCAGCUCCCCAUACCUCAACGACGUACUGGGAGAACUUGUAACGUGGGCGCCUUCAGCCGUGUUCAGCAUUCUAUCUUUGAUAGCUGCUGUUCUUUCCAUUAUUCUCCCUGAAACAAAAGGACGUACUCUAUCGGAGGAAAAUAAUAUGGAAAAACGUGCAGGGAAAGAUAACUUGGGCUUCGUGAGGGAUACCGAUCAUCAAACACGACUCAAGAAAACAACCGAAGCAGAUGAUGGCGAGUCUGCAACCAAAGAGAACGUGACUACAAGCAUAUAAUAGAGGAGCACAAAUGUAAGUGAUGCGUAAUGUUAUUAAUGUAUGGUGACAUUUAUUAUGCUAGUGCAGAACUGCUGUCUUUAGUACAACAUCUCAACACGACAUUAAUGUACCGAAUGUUCCUCCUCCUUACUGAAACUUUUCUGUACCAACUUAUACGUAUAGGUCCUUAUCAGAGUAUUGAUGCCUUGAACAAGACAGCAAUGUAUAUGACAGAUAAUUAGAUUGCAACAUCUUACAAAUGCUUAUUGCUAUUCUUGUAAACGGAAGACUCCGAAUGACAUGUUCUGUUGAAUAGGAAACAAUCAGACACGUGGCUGUGUAUUACAUGCUGCAUUAAAGCUCCUGUCACUUUCUGACGAUUAAUUAAGACAACGAAUGCCUAGCUUAUGUGAAUCGUUAGCGCACGCUGAAAUGUCACUGAACUUUGUUAUUUUAUUUAUUUUUUUUUUUUUCCGUUCCGUUUUUGACGUCUGCAGAGCGCUUGCCUAUGGUAUGGUUAGCGUGCAAGUAGCAGACAGAACGUGUCCAUAACGUAUUGUGAACUGAUAUAAAACGAUUACGUAAUAUAUGGCAAUGAAAAAUGCACGUUUUGAGCCCGUGAGGAACGUGGGAGGAAUGAACGCGUAACAAUCGGGUAGUAUGAGGAACUCUCUGCCUGCUUCUGUAUUUCCAUUUUCCUACGACUUGACUUCUUUUAAAAGGAAGGUUUCAAGAUAUUUGUUCCAGUAUUUUGGCUAACUCUAGGGAACUAGCAAUCAAGUGGGCCUUUUAUGGUUAUAUUUUUGUUGUCCUUGGACAGCUUCCCCCUCUUCCGUAAAAAAAAAAAAGAGAAAUUAUCUAUAGGCAUGAAUUCCAGAAAAAAAAAAAAGGUCGUGUCCCACUUGUGUCUGUCAUGAGGCCUUCGCGUAAUUGUCGUCCUGUAGUUGUCUGUUAUCGUUGAACAUCGUAUUCUUAUCGAUGUAUCUUCGAGUAACAUCAUUUCUUUAUUGUAUGGAUUGUAUGGCCAUCGUGAUAUAUAUAUAUAUAUAUA